AUGUGCAGUCCGUUCGAAAGCAUAUUGUGCCAAGUAGAGAUGCUGAGAGUUCUGCCAUCAAAUGCUCAGUUAUCGGCCUGCAAAAAGUUCCAGUUUCUCAAACGGCGCCGAGAUAUAGCGACAAUCUCACAAAUGCUGUUUGGAGCAAUGUCAACAGCAGUAGGCAACGAUUCAUCCAAAAUUCACAUCAUUCCCGAUGAUCAACGGCUUCUUGUCAGUCGCUUAUCUAUAAUACCACGAUUGAGCUCAAAGGAUAUGCGAGUUGCAGCAGAUUCGCUAGAAUCAUCGGAUUUGGAAUCACACUAUAUCGCCGUGCGAUCCAUGGAUAGUAUAAAUGGACUUCACCAAAAGCACGGUUGUAUCUCAUCAACAGCUCCUCCUGAAGCAUUUAAACGAAUUCGAAACGCUAGUUUACAACUUGACGAUGAAACAACUGAGGAAGCUCGACUGUUCUCGCCUCCUACUGCGUUUCGUCUCUCACGCGACCGUCGCUUAGAAAUGUCUCACAAAACAAAUCUUUGCGAACAAUGUAGGCAUGGCAGGAGUUUUGCAAAUCAGUUUGUCAACUACAUAACACUCCACGACUUCGUCAUCUGUUUGGUUAGCCUGCUCGAACGCGACCACAAUGGAAACGUUGUUGUAGCAGAUUUCAGUCGACAACUGACACGACUGGUGGAAAAACUUGAUACGAAGCAUAGCAAAUCUUUUUGUCAAAUGUAA